UCGUCGUACAAGAAUAUUGUGUGUGAAUAUUUUGCGCGAUUUUUUUUUUAAUACAUUGUGACAUUCGGGCGGAAAAUACAAUGAAGUAGCCGAUUUGCCGGUUGUUAUUUUAUCUAUUCAGCUAUUUUAAUAGUUUGUGUGUGAGGACUUUUAGUUGCGAUAAACAAUAAGUUAAAUAAGAAGGUGCGUGCCCGUGGCGCUAUACAUCAAUGGCUGCUGGUAUGUGAGUUUAGCGUCAUGACAUAAGGAGCAAGCCAGUGUGUGUGUGUAACUGUGUAACUGUGAAGAAGCCAUCAAUAAAGUGAGUGAUAAAUCGAGAUAUCGUGCAAAGUGGCCAUAAAAGUGUUUACAUGUGUUUACUAUCAAUUAAAAAGUGUCACAGCACUCAAGGCGAUGAAGGAGCCGAUAAAUAUUGAUGCGCUGCUCUAAAUGCUUCCGUCACCCCCCAGUGUUUCGUAAAUAAAUAACACCCUGCAGAACAGGAAGAAAAUUUCAUUGAGUUCUUGUGUGAGUGCGCGUGGAAGGAAUACGGUCAUCGCGUGUCACGAAAGCGUUCGAUGAGCAAUCAAAAGAAAAGUAAAGAAAUCACAUGAAUAAUUCAAUAAGGAAACACAAAGUGCAAUAUAAAUUGAAAGUCGCGUACUUAUGGGCAUUGCUACGCCGCUCAAACGCCCCAUAAAUGACCUGAACAACAAUAAUUAGUUUGAAACUUAAAAAAAUAAUAAUAACAAAUUAAAAGUGCUAAGAAUCCACACAGCAGUGGUAAGACGACACAAAACAACAGAACCGUCGCUAUGUCGAUGCGCAGCAAUAAGUUGAACUCGUCACAGUCGGCGUAUCCGCCGCCGCCGCAAUCGCCGCAGCUGCAAUACCUGCCGCACCAUCAGCAUCAACAGCAGCAGCUGCUGCAGCAAUUGCAACAGCAACACAAAUUCCAGCAGCAGCAACAGCAGCUGUCACAAUCGCCGCCAAGCGUCUCACAGCAGCAUCAGCACCAGCACCAGCCGCCCAACGCCACCAACAGUCGCAACAACUUGGCCACACUGGUCGCGGCCAUCAACAAUGAGAACGGCUAUCAGCUGUCGGCGGCCACGGGCAACUCGCCAGCCAUAAAUGUGACGUCGCCACCCUCGUAUUCCGCAGCCAUCGCGGCUGGCAACGGCGCAGGCGGUGGCGGUGGUGGCGGCGGCAGCAUGAGCGCGCCCAUAUUGGAGGGCCAUAAAACGAAUGCUUCACCAUUCCAGUUUCUAAAUCACUACCAGGCACAGGAGCUGGCCAACUUGCCGAACUCACAGUUGGUGGUGGAUGGCGGCGGUGGUGUGGUUGCUGAGGAGGAUGUCGAUGAGUUGGAUCCGCAGCAGCAGUUGUGUGUGGUUGCCAAAAUGCAGAAGUCUGUAACGAUUACCGUUACGCCGCAGCGCAGCAACUCCAUGGACUAUUUGAAUUUUGAGGAGAAACGUCAAUUGAUCGCUUCGUCACUAUCCCUUUCGGAUAUCUUGCAUUGUAAUCCAGCUGCGGCUGGCAAGGAGGCGGCUGCCAAUGCUAAUGGUGAGUUGUCCCCAAACCACCAAAAUCCACAAUUCUCCACACUGCAAUCCCCCAAAAAGCAAAAUGGUGCUGCCCUGCGUACAAACAGUCUCGGCUCCGGCACACGCACACCCCCGCUCGAGCGCAAAAGCAAGUUGAGUGCUUUGGGGCGAUUCUUCAAGCCGUGGAAGUGGCGGCGGAAAAAGAAGAGCGAAAAAUUCGAAGCAGCUUCCAAGUCACUUGAACGCAAAAUAUCGGUACGUGCCAAUCGUGAGGAGCUUGUGCAGAAGGGUAUACUGCUGCCAGAGAGUCCACUGGGGAACAUACAGGAGCCAGGUGAGGACGUGUACUACAAUUCCAAUGCCAACACAUCCAACAACAUGGCCAACGGCUCCAUCCUUUCAGUCGCCAAUAAUAAUAACAACAACAAUAACAGUAAUGGCAGCGCACUGCAAAAUUCCAUAAACACCACCACAGCUGGCAGCGCCGGCGGCGCGCUCAUUAGCCAGCAGCAGUUGCAACAGCAGCAGCAGCAGCAACAGCAACAGCAGCACCAAAUGGUGAACGUACCCACAUCCAUAUCCGUGCAACAGUUCAAUGCAAUGAACGGUGGCAACAACAACAACGGCAGUAAUAACGGUGGCGGCGGUGUCAACAAUUCCAGCGGCAGCAACGGUCAGAACGGUGGCGGCGGCGGCGGCGACGCAUCACCCAUGUCGAACGUGCCGCACUCGCAGUCGGCGCCACACCAGCUGGGGCAGCCGCCGCCGCUAACGCCGCUGGCACAGCAUCAUCAGGCGUUGGCGCAACAGUUGCAGCAACGAUUUGCCAUAAGCAAUAAUAAUGAAACCAGAAAAGACAAGACUGAUGCACCACACGGUGGUAAUGGCGCGGCGCUAUCACCCAAUACCGAACAGCCAUCAGGUCAGAGUUCAUUGCUGCCACCACACGGCGGUGGCAAUAGCGGCGCGCAAUCGAAUUACAAUCACGUGACACACCUCACUGGUGGCGUUGGUGGUGGCGGUGGCGGGAAUGGUGGCAACAGCGGCGGUCGUGAUCAGCAUGACGGCGCUCCACGCACACAGAAUUCCAAAUUGGAACGCCCCAAUACGCUCGGCACCGGCAAGGUGUCACGUCGCGUAAACAUUUGUUAUCACAAUGAGCACUAUCCCGAUGGCGGCGCUGCAGUGAACAAUGUAAUCGGCGGACCGCCCGGCAGCACACCGCCACCGUACACGGCCGAUGGUAAAAUGACGAAUGCCCAAGGUGGCGGUGGCGGCGGCGGCGGCAGCGGCAAUGUGGGGGCUGGCGGUGUUAUGCUCUCCGAGUUGCCAGAACCACCGAUACCAGUGUCCGAGAUUGGUCCAAUCCCACCGCCGCCCAUGUUCUCCACACCGAGUCCAACAUUGAUAGCUGGGCGCGCUCAUGGGCCGGGUGCGAUGAAUGAUCAAGGUUAUCAGGAUUAUGAUUAUGACGAUCAAGAGCCUGACGACGACCAGCUAGACUCGGAUGAGGAGUAUAUGUUCCAGUUGCGGCAGCAACAACAAUCAUUACAUCCCAAUCAUGUCGAUACACAGCGCGUUGAGGAAAUUCCAGCCAAAGAGCCAAAACCAAAUGCAGUUCCUCUCAAGUCGGCGCUGAAGAAGAAGCCCGGCCAAACGUCCACCUCAUCGCCGGCCACGCCCACACAGGACCACAGCAAUGCCAAUGGCAAUGUGCAGCAAGGUGGUGGCGGCGGCGGCGGCGGCGGUCCAGCAACAUCGGCCAGUCAGCGCCCGCUGGUGGUGCGUCAAGACGCAACAAACAGUUAUUCGCUCAAGCCAAUACUACGACCACGGAUUAGAAUAUGCAGGCAGCAGGUGUUCAACAUCAAUCUGCCGUGCACCGUCGAGAACAAGGAGAACACUCGGCCGUUUGUGAUACGCGAGAGCAGCAGCGACAGCGACGAGGGCGACGGGCGCAUACUCUAUCGCGACGACGACAAUGACCGGCAGGCGAAGAUUGCGCGCAAGGAGUCACUGUCGCUGAAGCUGCAACUGCGGCCCGACAAGCAGGAUCUGAUCAACCGCAACAUUCUGCACCAGGUGACCGACAAUGAGAUCAAGGAGUCGAAGGAGGCCAUUGGCGCACGUCUCAUACGCCGACUGUCGAUGCGACCCACUGCCGAGGAGUUGGUGGAGCGCAAUAUUUUAAAGACACAAUCACCCGCCGAAGAGAAGAAGCAAAAGGAGGAGAAGAAAUCGUAUUUGCUGCGAAAAUUGAGUUUCCGACCCACCGUCGAGGAGCUGAAGGAGAAGAAAAUCAUCCGUUUCAACGAUUACAUUGAGGUGACACAGGCGCACGACUACGAUCGGCGUGCGGACAAGCCAUGGACAAGACUGACGCCGAAGGAUAAGGCUGCCAUACGCAAGGAAUUGAAUGAGUUCAAAUCGUCGGAGAUGGCGGUGCACGAGGGUAGUCGGCAUUUGACGAGGUUCCAUCGGCCAUGACAAAUGCAAGGGCAGCAAACGACACUUGCAACAGCAGCCACGUCAGCAGCAACAUCAGCGAAAAACUCAUUUUCCAAAUGCAACCAACACAAUUUUGUGCUCGAACAGCAAAAGCGGCAGCAACAACAACAGCAGCAAAAGUUCGAGCGUGAUGGCAUAAAAACGAGAAAAUGAAAUAUAAGAAAAUAAAAACAAAAAAAUUCCCAAAAAAAAAUUCAAAACUUCACAGAAAAAUGGAUAAAAAAAAUUGAAAAAAUGAAAUGCUCAAAGACGGCAAAGCAAAAUUGAAACAAAAAAAAAACGAACACAACAAACACACAGAAAAAAUGUGAAUUAGAUUGUUGAAAGGAAAUGAGCAUGAGAGUAGAAGAGGUUAGGAGAAAACAAAGACAAAUUGCAAAAAAUGGCAAAUAAAUUUCUAUUUCUACAGUAAAAAGUUAGUAAACGAUAAAAGUAACAAAAACAAAAACAAAAACAACUGAAAAUAAGUUAAAGCAUAGAAGAAGCCGUUAGCAGGCGCGAAGUUUAAAGUAUAAACGCUAAGGCAGUAAGGCGACCAAAAGCCAAUAAAUAAGUAAAUAAAUAAUAGCAUAAAGUUGACGACAGUAGUGACAGUAACAAACGCAACAACAACAGCAACAGCCAACAGCAGUAGCAGUUUCUAACGAUUUAGCAUUUGGGGUUUCAACACUACAACAACUGCAGCGAAAGCAGACGAGAAAACGAAAGCAAAAACAACCAACAACAAACAAUAAUAAAGUACACAAACAAAAUGGACAACAGUGCUACUGAGCAACGCUUGUACGGCAGCUUGUCCGGCUUUGCCGGGAGCUGAGCAAUGCGCAUCAGCGCUAAAUACCUGCUUAUUUGUCGUCGCUGUGGCAGAAAGGCAGCAAAUCCACUUAGCGCCACGACGGCAGCCGCGCAGGACAGCAAAUGUGCUGUGGACGGACGGACGGACGAGCUUAGUGCCAUGCUGUGGCGGGAGAAAAGUGUGUGUGUGGGCAGCAAAUUGCUCAGCACGAGUUUAGACAGACGAGUCAGUGCCACAAAAAAUAUCCAUUCCAAUAAAAACAUACGGCCACAACAACAACAACACCAGCAACAACUAAAGCAGUUAUGCAAAGAAUUUCGCCAUGGUGAUAGUAAUUUUCCACAACAACAACAACAGCGACGAUACUAAACUCGAACUGCAACAACAACGGCAACGGCAAGCAGUAAUGCCACUAAUGACAAUUAUGCCGGUGCAGCUGUGCAGCAGCAACAACAACUACAACAAUAUAAAGCAGUAGCCAGUAGAAUUUUAAUUUGUCCAUUAUGCUGCCGUAAAGUUGAAUGGCGGCGCGCACUUUCGGACAUUUGAAGCACACUUAAGCAUAUUAUUGUUAUUUACAUUGCAGCAGCGAGCAGGGGUCCAGCCGGGCGCUCAUUGAACGACAUGACGCAAAGUUUUCCACCAGCACUUGUCUGCGAAACUGUUGCAGCAGCAUUUUCCACUUGCCCUUUAUGUUAAGUUGCAUUGUUGUUUGUCUUUUGUAGCGCUUGUUUACAUGCCCCGCAAAAUGCGAGCCCCGAAUAUUUCAUUAUAUAUACAUAUGUAUUCUAUUCUAAAUGUAAUUUGUAACUAGCAAACGUAAUUGUAAUUCGUACAAUAAAUCUGUUUUGUAAACUUAAUAUCUCUAAGAACAAAUAAAACCGAAAAGUACUCACAGCAAUGACAGACUCAAAAAAGAAAUAUUAAAUUAGAACUUUGAAACACCGUUGAGGAGGCAAAUAUAAGCCGCACACUUACAUUUGAAGUGCUGUGAAUAUUUAUGCUCGAGUCAAUGGAAGGGAACAGAACAUUUAUGCGAAGUCAAUAGCAGGGAACAGAAGAUGUGUGCGAAGGCGGUCUAAAGCAAUGGGAAGAUUGAGUUUGUUGUGGUGACUGCAAUGAGGCCCAAUAAACGAAUCGAAAAAUUGGAGCGCGUUUCUUUGUGUUAUCGUAUACUCCGAAUCGGCAUUAUUGUAAUGUGCAGGCAAGCCUUGCCAAAAGCUUAGCAUAGAGUUUCUUACGGUACCGCGUCUGUAGAUUUUUUUGGCACCGGAAAGAAAAUUUUAUAAUAGAAAGAGCUUCAGUACCGGGUCUGUAGCGUGUUUUGGAACCCGAAAGUAAUUUUUUCAAAUGUUUGUUGUUGUUUUUUUUUAUGUUUUUUACGCUUAUUUACUUUCAUCACAGUCGUGAAAGGUUUACACAUUUGGCUUGUUAGCGCUUUUUUUCAAUUCUAUGCUGCAGAAAGUCAAGCAAAACACUCAAAUUUAUACCACAUUUAGUUGAAUAAGAAACUUUGACGAUUAAUAUAAAAUUAUAUUAUUGAAUAAAGUGAAUUUUCGGUGGCGCCAAUUGGGCCCUUGCAGCGUUUAAGUUACAUUCCAUUUGUAUAUAAAGUCAUGCAAGAAAUAACAGAAUAAACAAAACCACACAAGCAAGUGACUCUUCCGCUUCUUUACCACAAUUUCAAGAAAAAAAAACACAAAUUUUUAAACUUUAAAAAAUAUUUUUAAGCGACUUUUUCUGCUUUUAGGGCAGAAUUUCUUACUUCCAAGCGGUGCUCCAAAUUAAAUUAGCUACUGCUUUAUUAUGUAAGUGCUGCUUUUGGCAAAAUUUCGCUGCUAAAUACUAAAACAGCAACAUUUUUUAGAAUUUUUUAACCGUUAUGUGCUGUCAUUGCUGGAGUCAGAGCUUGCAAAACACGUUAUUUUCUGCAGGAAAAUAAUUUUUGAUUGUUUUGCAGAGCGGCGCUGAGUUUGUCAUGUUAAUAAUUAAUAAUUUUUGCUUUUUUUAAUUUUAUAAAUCACUGAUUUGGGCAGUGACAACAACAAAAACAUUCAAAUAUAUCACAUACUCGCUUGUAGCGUGAUUUUAGUAUUUUUAUUGACGAACAUGGAUUUCCUAGUAAUUUUAAAAACAUUAAUAAGCCACAACAGGAAUAUUAAAAUAAUAAUAAUUGGAAAUAUUUCGAGCUGAGGCGAUUUCUAGAAAUUUAAUUCAGUUCUUGCUUCAAGAUUCAGUUUUUUUUUGUAUUUUUUGUUUCUUUUUUUUCUGUAUUUUCCAUAAUAUUUUACUUACUAAUUUUGUAUUAAUUUUUUUGUAAAUUAAAAAUAUUUUUUUAAAUAAGUAAUUGUCCAAAUGAGAAAAACAAUUUUAAAUUUAAAAGUGCACACCGCGCAGACAUACACACAUAUAUUUCUGUUUACAAACAUAUUUGUUAGCUUUAAUUAAAAUUAAUAAAUCAACACACAUACAUACAUACGUAUUUAUUGUACAAAAUUACAACGGCGUAGGCCAAAUAUACAUACAUACAUAUACAAGUAUGUACCUGCAUAUGUUUGCAUAGAGUCAGCUGUGUUUGAUUGGAUUUUCUUGCAAAAAGUACUGCUUAAUAUUUUGUAUAACUGUAUUAAACAUACAAACAUACAUACUUACUAAUAUUUGCUUAUGUAUAUCAUAUAUGCCGCUAUGUGUGAGCAUUUCGCAAAUGCAAAAAACAAAACAUAUUAAUAACUGUUUAAUAAAUUGCAAAUUAACACAUACACACACAUAAAUUAGUAUGUGUAUUUAUGUAUGAAACGAGGCAGAAGGCGACAAAGUCAUUUGUGAAGUCAACGCAGAACCAGAUAUUAAUUCGUAAAUGCGCUUGUACGAGUAUUGUAGCGAAAAUGUGUUAAAAUAAAAGCGUAGAGUGGAGUGUUGAAGCUUUGCAACAACAAAUAAACGCCGCUCGGUCAUAAGCAAUAAGCCGACAAGCGAGUUCUGCUCCCACAAAUAUUUUAUUAAGUUUAAUAUUGUGUCAAUAACUACUUGACUACUGUACUGUUAUAGCAGUGAACUACUUUUUUCUUAACAUAUCGUUAAUUGUACGAGUUUUACAUAUAAUUAGGUUUGUUAAUUCUGUGUUUCUUUUUUUUCGUUUUUUAUUUUUUUUUUUUUUUUUUGCGAUUACCAAAACUGUUUGUGUAAUUAGUAAAGAAAAGCGCUACUUUCCGUUAAUCAUAUUCGAUUGAAAUGUAAUUAUUGCUAAUUUUAAGGUAUAUUAAAAUUCAUUUAAUUGUAAUUAAACGUUAAAUACAAAGAGAGCGAAUAGUAGGUGGGGAGAGGAGAGUAGCAACCAAGUGAAAAAAUUAUAUUGCAAAUAAAUGCAAAACAAAAUACAAUUGAUCAUUAUGAUAAAUUUUAAAUGAUAAUGAAUAAACAUACAUACAUACAUACAUACACAGAAAUGCAUAAAUACAUAACUGUAAAUGCAAAUAUAAUUAAUUGAUAGUAUUGACAAAGAUUUGUACUAUUACAAGAUACGAAAAGAAAAAAAAUUCAAUGAAAAUAAAAAUAAAAACAAUAAACAUUUAAAUUGAUUUAAUUAAAAUUAAAAUUUCUCUUUUUAUUUACUGCUUUGCUUCUACCACCAUCAUCAUCAAUGCCAUGUUUUCUCACUGCUGAGCAUUGUGCGGAAGAAAUAUGUAGAAUACGGUCUCUGGUAGUCUUUUGCAUAUGUACAUAUGUGUGGAUUUUAAUUAUAUUUAGUAAUUUUUUAAUAGUAAAGAAUAUCUAAGAACGGCGAUUACCGACGAGAAUGGCACUUUCGAUCCUCAAUAUUUUGAAAUUCUGAAAAACUUUGUAUUUUUAUGUGAUGGUAAUCAGCUCAUAGUUAGACCUCGAGUUAUUUGUCAGAAAUAAAAAAAAAUAAAAUAUUUUAAGUUGAAUUUUCAAGCCAAGCGACUUAAUAUAUUAGUUAUAUAUGUAUUUCUAUUAAACUCCUAAACUCUUAAUCUCCUAAAACUUUUUUCGAAACCAAUUCCAUACAUUUGGUAAACAUAAGCCGCUUAAGAGGGUAUUCUAGCCAAGAAAUUUUAAAUAUCUAAAAUUGUUUUCUUGCAUAUUUUUACAGUUUAGAAAUUCAAAAAAAAAAUUUUCCAUACAGUCGCCAUUUCCAUAGUUCCAGACAUUGCGACAAUAUUCUAGUUUAAGUUUUUUUUCCGAUUCAUUUCAAACUUUCUACACAUUUUGACAUAUAAAAUAAAGGCUCCCAUCGUUUAGUAAUUUUUUUACAUUAAGGUUGUUUUCCACCCACAAAAUGGCGGAAUUUUUAGUGGAGAAUAACAGUUUAGACUUUAAAUGGCCGCCAAAAAUUUUUAAAUUAAUAAAAAUAUCAGAGAACGUUGAGGGAAAUAUUUGGCUAAAAGUUAACUAAUUUUUCUUGGUUUUUUGUUUUCGGAUAUUUUCCAGCCGAGUUAUGGUGAACACCUCUAAUUGUUCUUUUUACAAGACGUUUUGGAGGAAGCUCUGCUACCGGCAUCAAUAUUUCUGCAUUAAAAACUACCCCAUAUUGGCAAAAGUGUGCUCAAUAAUGUAGAAAAGGUCCGAAUAAAAUUACUCAAUCCAUAUUUAAGAAAUAAAUUCACAUAAAAGUCUUUUUUUUUACCUUGAAACCCUAACCGUUCCCUUCAUUAACUAAUCUCGUUCGCUAGUUUGCAUCUGGUUUUUGUAGAUCUCGUUAAAUAAUUCGAAGCUGUUAUAAAAUUUAAAAACUCAUUUUCUUCUUUCACUCUUUUACCGCUUCAACUGCAUCAUCAUACUAUGCUUACUUAUAAUAUCUUCAUGCUAAACUCAGAAGCAUGAGAAAAUUAAAAACUGAAAAAUAUUACAAAAAUUAAUUUCCUAUUGGCAUAAUUAUUAUAUAACCUAAAAUAAAAGCAAAUUUUAAACUCAAAGCUGCGUAACUAAAAGCAACUUUUUAACUGCAAGCAAGCAACUUUGUAAAAAUAACAUUUUUUUAAACAAAUUAUAAUUCAAUAAAAAAUUUUGCUUUGUUAGUAAACUCGCUCAGCGACCAUUUCAUUUUGUAUAUUCAAAGAAUGUUAAUGUACAUUAUGUUAAUGCUCACUGCAGCCAGAAAAACGUUAACAUUCGCCGCUACAGCCUUUGAAUAUGGUUCACUACAGACAUGCAUAUGUUAACAUACUCUGCUGCAGCCUAACAUUUUCUGGUAAAGUUGAUUGACCUAUAGAAUAGAGCUGUUAAUGUAAACGAAUGGACAGGCUUUCUAGGUAUAAAUAUAAGUAUGUGGCAAGCAACUCUUCAAAGUGAGUCAAACAAAAUUUUAACAUAUUGAAAACAAAUAUAUUUGAUAACAGAAUAAAAAUAAUCGAAUAAAAAUUAUCGAUUUAUCGUAUACAACAAUAAAUAACCACUAAAGAGAAUAACGAAAAACUUCACAUUAAAAAGUUUCAGUAUUCUAAAGUAUUUCUAUACAACUUUUGGUAGUAUCUAAAAACACGUAAGCAUAAGAAUGUAGACCCAACAAGCUAGAAAUAUAAAAGAGGGUUUCUAAACAUAUUUUCACUAAAAAAGUGCACAGGUGCAGCUAUGAAGGCUUGAUUCACUAACACAUAUGUAUGUAAAUAUAUUCUAAAAAAGAAAAAGAAAAAAACAAUUAAAAUAAGCAAAAUUGUGAUUAUGAGUGGAUGUAAUUGAAAUCAAGCGGACCGACCGUAGAAUAAAUGGAGCAUGUUUGCUUUUUUUAGCUGCCUGUCUUUUAACACUAUGCGCUUAGCCUCAGUUAGCAUAUAUGGAGCAUAAGAUUUCGUACGCUUUUCAUAGUCAAUUCGUCUAUGUAGUGUUGGUAUGUAUAAGAUUACGUUAUGUGCGCAAAAUCCGAAGUUCCCGAGUUUCUGAAAAUACUGAUAAAAUAAAUGGAAUUCCAACAAGCUUUCGGGCUUUGCGAUGGAAAAUCAUAAGAACAAGACAGCCUCUUUCUAAAAAGGAAAAAAAAACAAAAUUAUGAAAAACUGUUCUUUUUUUGACGGGUAUUUUGCUACAAAACACAGACUAUAAUUUUUAUACUUCUAUCUCUAUAAAGUAUAAUAUUAAGGUGUUGUUCAGAGAGAGCCUCCGAUUUCCAGCUCCUCAAAUGGUUUUUGAAAUUACCAAUAUUAGAAGCAGCAAUCCCAACAACCAACGCCUUUAAGAAAGGUAGAUGUUUAAAUUAUAGCGCGGCUCAUUGAUAUGUGGUUCGUAGUAUCGAAAUUUUGUUAGAACACCCUAAAACGCACACACACUUUACGCCGGUGUUUCAGUAAAUGUUUUUGUAAAAGAAAUUAAAUAAGAUUGGAACGGUUAGAAGUGAUAAAAGCAGACGUAAAUAAUUUAAUUGAAGGCAGUUUGCAAAAUUUGCAUACAAAAAAUUGUCAAAUAUUUGCGAUUGUCCUGUAAGAGUGUGUAACCCUUUUCUAUGAGAGCAAAUAAAUUGCGAAAAUUGCAAAAACAAAUUAGAAGAGUUCAUGUUGUAAUACAUACAUACAUACUUCUCUACUGUAUGAAUAUUCAUCAAAACAAAAUGAGUAACUAUUACACAACAGCAAUAACAAUAACAAAAUAAAAAAAUUAAAAUUAAUGAAAAAUGAACAAUUGUAAGAAAAAUGAAUAAAAACAUUAAAAAAGAAAAAAAA